UCCCCUGCGCUCCUUGUCAGAGCUGACGUCAUGAUGUCUGCAGCGCGUCCGUGUUGGCUUUGUGCAAGAACGACGCGGAGAUGUUUGGGCGGACAAGUCAGCACAGAAACACAUGAACAAGUGCAUUUGGGUAGCCAAGUGGCAGGAAACCAUGCAGAGUCCUACCCAAGCAAACACUGGGCCAGACUCUGUGACCGCAGCACCCUCAGAGCAGCCACUGGACACUGGGACCGAGGCUCAGCCAGCACACAGUGAACCGGAUGCACAGGAGGAGAGGACAGAAUCUGCAGCUCUUGCUGAGACAGAAACCAUAAUCACACCACAGGAAAAUCAGGCAGCGGUGCAAACAGCAGAAGCACCUGCAACUGUGGCAGAUGUCACACAGGCAGUGGAGAAAGAGACUGCUGUUAGACCACUGAGUGAGCCCUCAGAAACAUCUGCGGGGAUGGAGAUAGACUCCGCUUCAAAACCAAGUGCCCCCACAGGAUCUGGCACAAAUACAGCUCCUCGGCGUGAAGGGCAAAAGGCAAAAAAACAGGAUAAACACGAUGGUAGGAAAUACGUUCCUUCUAAGAAAGCCAUGAUAGAUCCUCUGAAGAUGGACAUGUCAAAACCACUGGUUAUGCCUCUUACAUCAUCUCAGCUCUCCCUGCAGUGCAUCGAGUGCCACAUAAUCUUUAGUGAUCAUAAGAGCAAAGAGCGUCAUCUGAAGUCGAGCCACCCAGCAGAAUAUGAACAAUGCAUACUGAGGAAUGCCCUUUUCGCCUGUUAUGUUUGUGACCGCUACUUCACAAACUCCACAGAGCUGAUGGUCCACCAGAAAGCCCAUGUGGAGAAGAAACCCUUCAAGUGUCCAAUCUGUGGCCUGGCCUUCAACAAGUCAUCAGAGCUCACACUUCAUAAAAAAAUUCACUUUGGCCAGGAUGGUUACACCUGCACUGACUGUGGCAAAUCUUGCAAAACCUUGACUUUGCUUAAGUAUCACCGCCGCACACACACUGGAGAGAGGCCAUAUGUUUGCAAGGAGUGUGGGAAAAGGUUCACCAUGUCCAAAGCUCUGCAGAAACAUAUUCUGUCACACUUGCCAGAGGGAACUGAGGAAGAUGAAGGACACACAACAGCUAAAGCACAACUGAAGAAAAAUGAUGGUGCUUCUACAGUAAAGUAUUCUUGUUCCAUAUGCAAGGCCACCUUCAAGGGUACCAAGACACGGCUAAAUCAUAUGAAAACGAAGCACAAUGUGUUGCCUGCAGGAGUCAGUAAUGCGCUCUCUACUGUGCAGCAAGUGAAACAAAGUACACCCAUCAUAACUCCAAUUUCUAUUUGCCAACCAGCACUGCUACAGGUGGAGCCCAAUGGGCCUCUUCAAAAAGUUGAUGCCAAUAUUGACACAGAGCAGAUUCGCAAACUCAUCGAAUCUUUAGGAAAUGUGCAGAAGGUGAACCAAGUUGUCAUAUUGGGACAGGUGCCACCUCAUGCCCCACCACUGGAAGUGCAGCAGAUACCACAGCUGGCAGAACCAGUGAAUUUGAAUCUCAGUCCACCGCAGAUAGAUUUUAUAGGACUGAAACAGUCGGAAUCAAAGACUGUUGAAUUGGACACUUCAAACAACCAAUGUGAUUCAAUGGAGCAAACAAUCAUACUUGAACCUAUAACGCCAGAUGGACAAUUGGAAAACCCCCCUUUCUCAGAACUAGGUUCCCACAUAGCCACAGGUGAAAAUAUAGAGCUAACGCUUGUUCAGGCUGAGCAAGCAGAGAGACCCGAGGGAGGGGUGAUGCAUGAGAUCCUUCAGCAGCCUGAGAUUAGUGCAGUUCAGUCUGAUUCUGUGGAUCAGAUGGUUUGCCAGAAUGAGGUAUCUGACCUCAAAGAAAACCUUGAGCAAACAGUCAUAUUAGAACUUACCCCUGCUUUGAUAUCAACUUUGGAGCUGGAACAGUCCCAAACUGUGCCACAAAAUGAAAGCCCAUCUUCCUCUCUGGUACCAACCACUGAACUGGAGAAGAGUCCUGCUCAGACUGCAGAUCAGACUAUGACAGAUGAACAGGAGACCGUCCUGUCAGUCCCAUCGCUUAUGCCUACAGUUGAGUUGGAGCUGACACCUUUACAAACAGAGCAACAGGAUCUUCCCUCUUGCCCUUUUGUGCCACCAGACACACUUACAGAAACUCCAAGUGAAUCUGAAACAAAUCCCAAAGAGGAGUUAAAUUCUCAAAUGCAAACAGUAUGUCUAGAUCAAGUCCACCAUGAGAUGGAUGGAGCUGCACCACAAGAGAUGCAAGAAAAGGCAGAAAAAGAGCCAUCUGAGAAAUUGCUUGUAGAUAGCAAAGACGAUGGGGAACAGUUGGAGAAACUGCCUGAGGUAGAGGACACAUCCACUAAAGAAGAGGCUCCAUCACAAUUAGAGACCAAGCAGGUGCCACAGAUCUCAGAGUUACCCGUGAAUGUAAUGUCAGCCCAAGAACUGGUGAAAGUGCGAAAAAGAAAGCCAGCCAGGGCAUUUAUCUUUCAAGGAUAUAUGCAAGAACUGGUUGGAUCCAUUCACAAGGAUGAUUUACUUGAUCCCAAACCUGCCAAACGACAACGAACAAAAAAGUCUCAUCUUGUUGUUAAAUUCGGUCCUCAAAGCAAAGAGAAGAGAAACAAAAAACAGAGGAAGCAGCAUCAGCCAACACAGGAAGAAGAGAUAAUAACAAAUCUCUCACAGAAAAAAACAGCAUCACAGAAGAAAGGAAGACGGGGGAAAAAGGAUAGGAAAGUGGGGCAUUUGGUAUCUACAGCUGAAAUAAAGUCACCUUCAUCAAGCCAGGACCCACAGGUGCAACAAUUGAAACGGGAUACAAGAAAAAAGAAAAUAAAAAAGCAAAAAGAAGAAGCCAGGGAGAGUGUGACACAUGUAAGUGAACACAAUGCCGUAGCCUCACCUGUAUUUAAAAAGAAAAAACAAGCAAAAAUAAUGCGAAAAGGUCAGUCCAAGAAUGCAAAGGAUGGGAAGAGAAGGAAAAAUGUGGCCAAAGAGGAAAAAGUCAGUACAAAAACAAGUGCCGCAUCAGCAGACAUACCUGGACCACACAUAACACAAGACUCUCUACUUUUACUGAAAGGUCAUAAACAGCCUCAGCUGAAAGUUUACAAGUUAGACCCUUCAAAGGCAUCAGGCCAGACACAGGAAGCUUCAUCUCUUGAGCCCCAAACAAUGUCCCAACAGAGUAAAGACAACAAGCUCCCAACAAGUGACUCUACAAAUAAUCUCACAGGAGAAAGUAAGAAAAAAGGAGGAAGACCAAAAAAGAACCAGAAAGCUCUUUCAUUGUUGUCCUCGCUACAGGUUUCCCAUCAACUACCUGAGACAUCACCAACUAAGCCAAAGACCACUAGGAAACGUAAAGCCUCUAAUGUAGAGACUGAAGGAGUGAUAACCUCUUCUCAUUCCAAACGUGCCUUAGAGUGUAAGGAUUGUGGGGAGAGAUUUAGUGAAGUCUCAUCUCUACAGAAGCACAAGACAAUGGUGCAUAUCGUAGAGAGUCCUGGUCUCACUUACACCAAUGGGAACAUCUUUGAAGGGGUCUCCAGGUCGGAUCUUUACCACCUGCCAAAACAGCAUGAUAAAGUUGUUGGGGUGAUGAAUGCUGCUGCAGACUGGGAUACUGAGCCUGAGAUGGGAGAGAUGCCAUUAGAAGACAGAGAACGAACUGUCUCUUUUCCAGCUCUGAUUCCAUCCCCAUCUUUACCCAUUCCUCCUCUAGACGUUGAAGGGAGUGCCUAUGAAGAUAAGGGUGAAAGUAAAACAGGAGCAGAUAAUCAGUCUCAUACCUCUCCAGAAGUUCACUCGCCAUCUGAUCAACUGAAAAAGAGUGAGACUUGUCAAAUUUUAACAUCUGAAUCCACUUUAAGUACCUCUACUCAGACAAAGAGUUUGGAGACAGUGUGGCCUCUGGCAUCGGAUGAAGCCGAGCAAGACCCAAAGCAUCCCAGCUCAGAAUCUGAAGUCCAGGCUACCAAGGACGAAGACAUAAAGGAAGAUUUACUUCUCGAGGUAGAUUUAGUCACUGUUGGGGAGCAGAAUGAAAGAGAUAAUUCAGCUUCUCCUCAAGAGGGUGUUCCCCAAAAUGAACCACAGGGAACUUGUAAUUCUGAGGUUGGAAGCACUGAAACACUUGGAGCACCUGGGCAAGUUGAUGGAACAACAACUGAAAAAGGGCUAACUUCACAGACUGUGUCAUGCUCCACGCAUCAAGUAGAGAUCAAGGAAGAGGAGGAGGAAGUAUUAGUCCAGAAGAAAAAAGGAGGGAAAGGAGCUGCAAUGAGGAAUGCAACAAGGGGUAGGAGACGAGGAACGGGGGGUCUAAAAAAAGGCGCGGGAUCUAAGACAGUUUUAGGUGGAGAUGUAGUUGUAAGAACAGAAUCAGAGAAAGAACAAGAUGAAUGUCAUGUAGUUUACGAAAAACAUCCUGUCACCUCGGACUCAGAAAUUCAUGACAAAGGUGAGACUAGUACAAAAACUUCACAGGCAGAGACCAGUCAUGAAUUUGACGCUAAGAGAGCUACUACUCCUGCCACACGUUUGCCUUCUGUUCCCUCGACAUUAGAGGAAUCUCCUGAAGAACAAAUUGUGUUUGAGCUGGAAUCAGUUACCACUAGUGUUGAGGAAGUAAUGAAUGAAGGAGGGCUGCUGGGAGGAGAGGAACAUGACAGGGAGAUUGACCAGUCUCCAGGCAUUAUACUGGAGAAGUUCCUCACCUCUACACAGAGAGAAACUGCUGAUAAAGACUCGUGCCUGAUGACCAUGAAGAGCAAUAAAAGACAGGGUUUGGACAGCAUUACUGAGAAUGAAGCCCAAGAAAUCAAGGUUGAAGAGAAUAUCUCAGAUCCACCGGUCAAUGCACACACCUGUCAAAAUAGGCAGAGUGCAAGUGUGCAGCCACAGCACCAUCGUGAUAUAAGGAGUGUUCUGGUGAAAGAGGAGAGCAGCCUCAUGCUGAACGAGGCUCAGGCCUCACAGGGCAGGAGUCACAUCAGAUGGAAUGUGGAGCCAGUGAACAAUGAAAACACUGCCACUCCAUUGAUGGAGAGUGUGGAGACAACAAGGGACUGUUGCAUCACCCCGGAGUUCAACACCAACCAAUGUAUCUUCUACCCAGUGAAGGAGGAGGAGAGGGAAGUUCUGCUGGGAGCCACUCAUACCAGCAGAGGGAGUUUAUCCCCAGAGGGAUCCGGUGCCACCCAUCAGUUAGACUGUCAAACUGCAGAUCAUACUUUACAUGAAGGGAACCAUGCCACACAAGACUACCAGGAAGUAGGAGUGAGAGGACUAUUGUCAGGGCCAGGGGUCAGUGGCUUUGCAGAUGGACAAGAUGCUGAAUGGCCUCGUCCACCAGACCUCCGGGACUUUCUCCUCCAGAGCUCUGAUGAAGAGAACCAAGGUUUUGAACUUUCUGAUCCUCAGCUUGACUCAGAAGCAGAAGUAAUGGCCUAUUUCUACAAGAACCAAACCAACGGCGCACAACAACUAGAACAUACAUCACUAAAUUUGCUAUCUUCAACGACCCAGUUCCAAGUACCAAGAGAAGAAAACAGGACCAGAGAGCCCAUUGAUUACUUCUCCAGAUAUUUCAGUUGGGAUACCUGGGUAGAAAUUGCCAGUUGCACAAAUGAACUGUCCAGCACACCUAACCGCAUCACAGCCAGAGAGGUCGCGCAGUUUGUUGGGAUCCACAUUGCGAUGGGAACUUUGAAGUUUCCUAGUCCAAGGCUCUACUGGGAGAACUUGACUAAGGUGCCCUUAAUUGCUGAAGCCAUGCCACUUUCACGCUUUCUCGAGCUGUCUUGCAAGUUGAAGCUAGCUUCCCCAGCAAAAGAUCCAGUCAACAGUGGUGACUCUCAAAAUGAGCGGCACAGUAAAACUCUGCCAAGCAGACAAUGUGUAAUUUCUAGUGACGAACCAAAUGAUUUAAACGGUUCAAAAACACAGACUGACCCCCUGUGGAAGGUUCAGCCAUUACUUUGCCGUUUCAAAGCAGGGUGCCAGUCACUGAGAAGAGAGGGUGAUUAUGCAGUUGACCAAUAUCCGCUUCCUUUGACUGGGAAGGUGCAUAAUAACAAACUGUCUCUUCACUGCACUACAUUAAUUGGAUUUAGCGGUUUACUCUUGCAUGUGGAUCUAAAACUGGAUCUCUCAGACAAAGAAGAUGCUGUAGAAAAAAUGGUCCCAAAAGGCAGCAUGGUGUUUCUUUGCAAACAGGAACUCUCCACCCCUGCAAUGCUAGAACGCCUUCUGGUUGCUGGGGUUCAUGGUGCAGGCAGGGUGGGGGGAGCACGGGGACAAAUCGGGGAUGAGUUUGUGAGCUCAGACGGGAAGCUGAUGCUACGCAGAUCACACUGUGGCUUCAUACUUUCUACUGCAGGAAACGGACAGAGGAACAUGGCCUCUCUCACAGACAACUUCGAGAGGGCCCAGAUGUCGGCACAUCUCAACAGAGAUUUGCGAAAUCUUUACGUUAUUCCCCUCACCGCCUCAGCCCCAACCUGCUGGCCUCAAGCAGUGCUCUGGUACCUGACAGAUCUGGCUUUGGUCAACUCCUGGCUCCUGUACCGACAGAAUCACAGGACAGCAUCCGCACCUUUGACUCUCAUGGCCUUCAGACUGGAGGUGUCCAAGGCUCUGAUCUUCUCCAGUGGCUCUGAUACCCAGGACUCUGCCCCCCCUCAACCCCCAAGAGAGAAGGCCCACACAGCAAAUGAAACCCCCAAUCCCAGCGUGGUGGAGGAAAGUCCUCUGCCAGAUGCAGCCACGCGAUAUGAUGGCUCAGGCCAUUGGCCGGAGCAGCUUGGGGAGGGAGAAGGGGGCAGGUGUCGUUUUGGGGACUGCCAGAGAACAUCUCGAGUGCUAUGCCUUAAGUGCUGUGUCUUUCUUUGUAUCUCACGCAACCACAACUGUUUUUUGAAUUUCCACAAUCAAGGGAGUUUGGGAAAGGAGUAGUAUUUACCUGUUAUUUUGAACAUCUUACUUCCUGAUCUAGAAUGUAACUGUGCUUUUGGUGCAUGUAAACCCAGCUAAUCAAAAAACAAUGGUACUAUCUCCUCUGUCCUUACAACUUUUUCAUGAUGCCUUUCACUAGCAGUGUUAUUCUUUUGUAGAAUUAUUGUGCUGCAGUGUGAAAAAGCGAAUGCUUUGUGAUGUGGCUUUUUAUGUCAUUGAGCAAGUGUAAAAAUGAAUCUGCCUUCAGCAGUUCUUAAAAAGAAGCAAAAAUGUGAUUUUGAAAUUACAGCCACCAUGAUAUUUUUUACUAUUUAUUCUAACUUGAUCAAAUUUACAUUCCAUGAUGAGAUUGUUUUGGCUCCACAGAUUUAAACAUUAUUUAUUUGAAUUUCAGAAAACAAUAAAAAACAAAAGAAAUAUGC